AUGCUUCGGCUGCUGAGCUCUCUCCUUCUUGUGGCCCUUGCCUCAGGCUGUGGUCGGCCUGCCUUCCAUCCCUCAGCCCGUGUUGUCAAUGGAGAGGAUGCUGUCCCCUACAGCUGGCCCUGGCAGGUCUCCCUGCAGUAUGAGAAGAAUGGAGAGUUCCACCACACCUGUGGUGGCAGCCUCAUCGCCCCUGACUGGGUCAUGACCGCCGGCCACUGCAUCUCGAGCUCUAUGACCUACCAGGUGGUGUUGGGCGAGUACGACCGUGCUGAGAAAGAAGGCCCUGAACAGGUGAUCCCCAUCAACUCCGAGGACCUCUUUGUGCACCCACUCUGGAACCCCAACUGUGUGGCCUGCGGCAAUGACAUCGCCCUCAUCAAGCUCUCACGCAGUGCUCAGUUGACUGACAGUGUCCAGCUUGCCUGCCUGCCUCCCGCUGGUGACAUCCUGCCUAACGAAGCCCCCUGUUACAUCAGCGGCUGGGGUCGCCUCUACACUGGUGGACCUCUCCCAGACAAGCUGCAACAGGCUCUGCUGCCCGUGGUGGACCAUGCUACAUGCACCAAGUGGGACUGGUGGGGCAGCGCCCUGAAGAACACCAUGGUGUGUGCUGGUGGUGACAUCCGUUCUGGCUGCAAUGGUGACUCUGGAGGACCCCUCAACUGCCCUGCUGCUGAUGGUUCCUGGCAGGUCCAUGGCGUGACCAGCUUUGUGUCUGCCUUUGGCUGUAACACCCGCAAGAAGCCCACGGUGUUCACGCGAGUGUCUGCCUUCAAUGACUGGAUCAAGGAAACCAUGGCAAGCCACUAA